CGAAAAGCUUGACUUGAAGAAGUCAUAAGUUCAAAACUCACUUCCACUCCCUCAAAAGUUAGAGUUAGACAGGAGAAGCCACAGCCCAUAAUGUUGUAAUGCAACCCCAAUUGAACUUCAAAAUCUUCCAAGAAUCAUGGAGGCAACCCCCCUUUGUACUAAUGCCAACAACUUGAUUCCUUUUAUCAUCUCCUUGUAUUUCCUUGUACCCUCUGUUCACUCUUUUUCACCUCUUCUGGGCAUCCACCCUUUAGAUGAGAAGUACUUUGGUUCACAGGUCAUAAAGUGCAAGGAUGGUUCGAAGUCAUUCAGCAGAGACCGUCUUAAUGAUAAUUUCUGUGAUUGUCUUGAUGGGACCGACGAGCCUGGAACUUCAGCCUGCCCAAGAGGAAAAUUUUAUUGCCGGAAUGCGGGAAGUACACCUAACUUUAUUUUUUCAUCCCGUGUAAAUGAUCAAAUUUGCGAACCUCAUCGAUUUUUUCAUGGUUUAUCAAAGGAUCAACUAGAGUUAUGGAAUAGUAAUGAUUGCUGUGAUGGAAGUGAUGAAUAUGAUAGUGGCAUCAAUUGCCCCCGCACCUGCGUCAUGGGAGGAAAUUUGGAGUACAGGGCUGGAAAUUAUAUCUCACGUAUUGAUCUGAAAGAAUCGAAAAAGGGACUUAUUUCGGAGGAAUUAUUACAGAAGGCUAGAGGAUUGAAGGUGAUAAUCAUCCUACAGGUGGUUAUCUUUGGCUGUGUAGUGAUUUACAGAAUAUUCAACCGGCGGAUCAAAUCCAAAAAAAGGCGUUACCAUUGAAGAAAACAGCAGCAUCCCCCCAAUGUCUCUGGUUCCAUAGAUUUGUUCCAGUUGUUAUUGCAAGACCAGCCUUUGCCUAGGGGCAUUUUUUCUUUAUACAAGACAUUCAUCAACCGAGCUUGACAGGAUUUGAACUUGAUAUGGAGGUUGAUGUAUAAGUUACACUAAAUAUACGAGAGCAUAUGUUAUUGAGGAAAUAACGGGUUAUGUCAAGCAAUCUAAUGCAUUGUAUAUACUUAACACGGGUAAGUUUAAAAGGCUUUGGUUAAUGAAAUGACUUGAGCAUGAAUGCUCUUCAAGAUUUUUCAUAUUUUGUAGCAUACACCUCUGAAUGAGAACGCAGAGGCAUGCUGGAUUUAGGCUUAUCUUUGGCUCUUGUUAAUAGAUGGAGUUGUACUCCAACAUUUUUUGCUCCA